CUCUUUCUCUCUCUACAUUCACACUCAUUCCAUUCGAAACCCCACGCACCCCUCCCCUCUCCUCUAUAAAAACCCCAACCCCACAACCCCUCUCUCUCCACACCAACCCCACACACAAUCUCUAAUUCUCUCUCUCGCAUUUCUGCUCCGCCAUGUCUCAACCAUUGUUGAAAGACGAUCUGGACAUCGUGAUUCCGACGAUUCGGAGCCUAGAUUUCUUGGAGAUGUGGAGGCCGUUCUUUCAGCCAUACCAUCUCAUAAUAAUCCAGGAUGGGGAUCCGAACAAGGAGAUCAAAGUACCGGAGGGGUUCGACUACGAGCUCUAUAAUCGGAAUGACAUUAAUCGGAUCUUGGGGCCUAAGGCCAGUUGUAUCUCCUUCAAGGACUCCGCUUGUAGAUGCUUCGGAUUCUUGAUCUCUAAGAAGAAGUAUAUCUUCACCAUUGAUGAUGACUGCUUUGUGGCAAAAGAUCCAAGUGGAAAAGACAUAAAUGUAUUGGCUCAGCACAUACAGAACCUGUUGACACCAUCAACUCCAUUCUUCUUCAACACUCUCUAUGAUCCCUUCAGAGAAGGGGCUGACUUUGUUAGAGGGUAUCCCUUCAGCAUGAGGGAAGGUGUUCCCACAGCCUUAUCUCACGGAUUGUGGCUCAACAUCCCUGACUAUGAUGCCCCUACUCAGCUUGUCAAGCCUCUCGAGCGCAACACUAGCUCAAACAGGUAUGUGGAUGCUGUGAUGACAAUUCCAAAGGGGACCCUGUUCCCAAUGUGUGGGAUGAACUUGGCAUUCAACAGGGAGCUUGUUGGACCUGCUAUGUACUUUCACCUCAUGGGUGAUGGCCAACCUGUUGGCAGAUAUGAUGAUAUGUUUUGUGGUUGGUGUGUCAAGGUUGUCUGUGACCACUUGAACCUUGGGGUGAAGACAGGGCUGCCAUAUCUGUGGCACAGCAAAGCAAGCAACCCUUUUGUCAAUCUGAAGAAAGAAUUCAAAGGCAUAUACUGGCAGGAAGAAAUGAUUCCAUUCUUCCAGGGGGUUACGCUUCCAAAAGAUUGCACAACUGCUGAGGAAUGCUACAUUGAGCUGUCAAAGCAAGUGAAGGAGAAGCUGAGCUCCAUUGAUCCUUAUUUUGAGAAGCUUGGGGAUGCCAUGGUUACUUGGAUUGAAGCUUGGCAGGAAUACAACCCACCGCUGGUGGCGAAAACAGCAGAUGGGCCUGUUGUUGUGAAGAAGGGUGGUGGUGAGCCUACUCCCAAAACUACGUAGACAGGUUCUUGGAUGUUCCUGUAGUUUGAUUUCAUUCUCUGCAGUUUUUACCAGUUUGAUUGUUAUGUUUGGUUGUUGGUUGUUUUCAAUGAUUUUGUGUCCCUUUUUGUGUUCUAUCAAUGUUCAAGUCUCCUUUUAAGGUACCUUGGAAAGAAAUAAAAUAUUUUGCACUGUCUUUUUGUGCUCUAUUAAUGUUGAAGAAAUAUUUUGCA